CUGUCAAACGGGCAAAUAAACAUCCAUUGUCAAAAUAAAGUGUCAAUUCUGACAAAUGUCCCAAUUUUGAAAUCUAGAUAAUAAGUCGGGACUUUGAUUCCUGUAAAGCAAUCGAAAUAUUAUUUAUUUGUAGCGCAUAAGAGUAGCAAAUUAUUAAUCAUGUUCACAAGAAAACUAAUAUAUUUGUCAAAAAGCACAUUCAGAAUCGCGACUUAUGUAACUAAGGGACCUAAACCGGAGAUUCCAAAGAAUCCUUUAAGUUCUGUGUACUCAGCCAGUAAUCAGAAAGAUAAUGGAGUGGUUUACGACAAGAAACCAUUCAAAAUGGCCUUGCAAGAGGGCAAAACGUACAGCUGGUGCCUGUGCGGCCGCUCCAAGAUGCAGCCCCUGUGUGACGGCACGCACAAAGAUAUUUAUCUUAAAAUCACACAGAGGCCAGUGAGAUUUACAGUAGAGAAAAGUAAGGACUACUGGCUUUGUAAUUGUAAACAAACUAAGAACAGACCAUUCUGUGACGGGACACACAAGAACAAGGAAGUUCAGGAGGCAACUAAUAUUAAAGUUUAAAGAACAAGCUGAUUUUAUACAAGCCUUAUGAUAUUGCUAUAGUUAUAAAAAUUAAAACUACUUAGUAAAGCCAAUUACUUUGCCGUGUCAAGAUUAGUUUCAUUUUAGGUUUUACAUUACAUUAUACUACACACUGAAA